UCAACACGAGCCGGUGGGCUUGGGCUGAAUCUUGUCAGUGCAAACCGUGUGGUAAUAUUUGAUCCAAACUGGAAUCCUGCCCAUGAUUUGCAGGCCCAGGACAGGUCCUUCCGCUAUGGGCAGAAGCGGCAUGUUCUUGUCUUCCAUCUUCUUGCAGCUGGCUCUCUGGAAGAAUUGUUUAUUCUCAGCAAGUGUACAAGCAGCAGUUGUCCAACAUUGCCGUUUCUGGAAAAAUGGAAAAGAGAUACUUUGAGGGAGUGCAGGACUGCAAGGAGUUUCAGGGCGAGCUUUUUGGAAUCUGCAAUUUGUUCCGCGAUCUGUCUGAUAAACUUUUCACUAGUGAGAUUAUUGAACUACGUGGGCAACAAAGACUGGAAAGUGAAACACGCCUUGAUGCAAAGCACAAGUCAACUGAAUGGGGUAAAAGUGAUGUUCCUCAAGAGGAAGUCAGCUCAACAAAGAUCGCUGAAAAUAGAAAGCUUUAUGAUUGACAAAAAGCUGUGACCAUUAAGCC